CGCCGACGAACUUAAGGUCCACACAACGCAAUGGCUUCAGUCUACAAGUCAUUAUCGAAGACCAAUGGUCACGAGAAAGAGGGUCCUGCGAAUGGAGUGAAGAAAAAUAAACAGAGGGUACUGAUCUUGUCCUCGAGAGGAAUCACUUACAGACACCGACACCUUCUGAACGAUAUUGCCUCCCUCCUACCACACAGCCGCAAAGAUGCAAAGCUAGACACGAAAUCCAAGCUCUACCAACUGAACGAACUCGCCGAACUCUACAAUUGCAACAACGUCUUCUUCUUCGAAGCACGAAAAGGCAAAGAUCUAUAUCUAUGGAUGAGCAAAGCGCCCAACGGGCCUACAGUCAAGAUGCACAUGCAGAACCUACACACAAUGGAAGAACUCCACUUCACAGGCAACUGCCUCAAAGGCUCCCGCCCCAUCCUCUCCUUCGACGCCUCAUUCGAUAAAGAACCCCACCUCCGUGUAAUAAAAGAGCUUUUCCUACACAUCUUCGGUGUCCCGAAAGGAGCACGGAAGGCCAAGCCGUUCAUCGACCACGUAAUGGGCUUCACGCUCGCCGAUGGCAAGAUCUGGAUCCGCAAUUACCAAAUCAACGAGACCGAGCCAUCGAAAGCCGCGACCUCGGACCCAGCAAAAGCUGCCCCGAAAGAGAAAGGGAAGGGAGGCAAAGGGAGGGAGACGGAAGUGAGUCUGGUGGAGAUUGGGCCGAGGUUUGUGUUGACGCCGAUUGUGAUUCAGGAGGGGAGUUUUGGGGGCCCGAUUAUUUAUGAGAAUAAGGAGUUCGUGAGCCCGAACCAGGUUAGGAGUGAGAUUCGGUUGAAGAAAGCGGGGAGGUACAAUGCGAGGGCUGAGCAGGGCAUUGAGAGGCUGGCGAAGAAGGGGGAGCUUGGACUGAGGACGAGCGGUGGAGGGAAGAUGAAGAGGGAUGAGCUCGAUACUGCUGAGUUGUUUGCUUGAGUGGAGGUGUUGUUAUGGCGUUUGGCGUCAGAGUGGCAUGUGUGGCAUGUGUAGCAUUUUAUGGCUGGGAAAAGGGUGUAUGAAUUCGUAGCUGCAGCGCAAGGAUUCUCAGCUAUCCUUUGGCGAUUAGGAUCUCCAAGCUUGGGAUUCCAAAUGAGAAGCUUUUUCGCAGAGCUGGUUUCCAAUUGCUCUCGUUGCAUUUACAAAAAUUUCAUCCCAUGCGAAUUAGUUCUCGCAAGAAUGGUGCAGUGUGGAGCCGUGGCAGAUUCGUAUUACCUUCAACUGCCUUCGUCAUCCCGAGCUUGGAGUUUGAUCCGAGUUUUACGCUUCUUUCCGAAAGCAGUUCAUUUUUGGAAAGUAGUGUGCUCGGCUUGCAACACAAUCUAAAGUACAACAAGACUUAUAUAAGAUCUUACAUUCACCUAUC